AAAUGUGUGAUUUCGGGGGUUAUGAACACACAAGCUCAUAAACCCCUCUCAAUCCGCCAUCUGUUGACCAAAAACGAGCAACGAGCUCGCCACUCGCCACCUCUAUUCCGAUUUCUACGUGAAUGUCGGUAUUCGUAUCCCACUCUGCAAUAACUUCUACUCGCACUCUCUGUUCUUCUUCGAGGAGUUUCAGUUUCGUUCGCUUUCUCUCUAUCCAUUUCGUUCAUCGUCCUCGCUUUAUCAUCGCUUCUAACAUCUCGGAUUUCAUGCCGCGUAACCAGAAAAGAGGAGGUCGACCAGACCAAAGGUGGAUUCAGAAGCCAAGCAGUAGCAAAACGGAUGAAACGUUUGAUGCUGCAGAAGUUAAGUCUGCAGCUUCUACUGAGGCUAUCACAAAUGGAGUUAAUAGGCUUGCUAUUGCUGAAAACAGUGCACGAUCCUCUGUUCCUGUGCCACAGUUUGGGAGUAUCACCGUGGAUGAUGUAGCAGUAGCACCUCCUCAUGGUCAAAGCAAUGGACAGUCGUCCCAUGUUUCAGUUGGAUGUUCUCCAGUAAUAAAUGCCAACUCUUUACAUGGUAAAAAAUAUGUCUACCAACCAAAGUCUUAUGGGACAGUUUCUGGUGAUGCCGCAAAAGAAACUACCAGACAGGAAGCUGCAGCUCAAACUGCUGCUUUGAGCCGUUUGUUUAAAAAAGAUUUGUUGGAGAAUUUUAAUGUAGAUAACUCGACUUACUCCAGUGCCAAAAUCAGAGCAACAUUCUAUCCCAAAUUUGAAAAUGAGAAGUCUGAUCAAGAGGUUAGGAUAAGGAUGAUUGAAAUGGUCUCAAAAGGCCUAGCUACAGUGGAGGUUUCACUCAAACACUCUGGAUCUCUUUUUAUGUAUGCUGGCCAUGAGGGUGGAGCGUAUGCAAAGAACAGCUUUGGGAAUGUUUAUACUGCAGUUGGAGUUUUUGUUCUUGGAAGAAUAUUUCGCAAGGCAUGGGGGACAGAAGCCAGCAAAAAGCAAGCAGAAUUCAAUGAAUUCCUUGAGCGAGAACACAUGAGCAUAUCAAUGGAGUUAGUGACUGCUGUUCUAGGAGACCAUGGACAGAGACCUCGUGAAGAUUAUGUUGUUGUGACAGCUGUCACUGAAUUGGGCAAUGGGAAGCCAAAGUUCUACUCCACUCCAGAGAUUAUUGCAUUUUGCAGAAAAUGGCGUUUACCUACAAAUCAUAUUUGGUUGUUUUCCACAAGGCACUCUGUAACAUCAUUUUUUGCUUCUUACGAUGCUCUAUGUGAGGAAGGCACAGCUACAUCUGUAUGUAAAGCUCUUGAUGAGGUGGCAGAUAUCUCUGUGCCAGGAUCAAUAGACCACAUAAAGGUGCAGGGUGAGAUUUUGGAGGGUCUUGUUGCACGUAUUGUAAGCCAUGAAAGCACAAAACAAAUGGAGCUUGUUUUACAAGAUUACCCUUCACCCAUAGAGGAAGUUGAUCAAGAUUUGGGACCAGGUCUACGGGAAAUAUGUGCUGCAAAUAGAUCUGAUGAGAAACAACAAAUAAAGGCACUUCUUGAAAAUGUUGGGAAAUCAUUUUGUCCAAAUUAUGUGGAUUGGUUUGGAUUUGAAGCUGCUGAUAUACCUCCAAGAAAUGCUGAUAAAUCAGUUGUUUCCAAAUUUCUACAAACAAAUCCUUCUGAUCAUACUACCUUUAAAUUAAAGGAAAUGGUCAGAUUGAUGAAAGAAAAACGUUUUCCUGCUGCUUUCAAGUGUUACUAUAAUUUCCACAAAAUUAAUUCAAUGUCUAGUGAUAAUCUUCAUUAUAAAAUGGUGAUCCAUGUGCAUAGUGAUUCAACCUUCAGGAGAUACCAAAAAGAGAUGAGAUUCAAGCCAGAUUUAUGGCCACUAUAUCGAGGUUUUUUUGUUGAAAUUAAUCUGUUCAAGGCAAGUAAAGAGAAAUCCGCAGAGAUUUCCAAAAAUACCCCUGACAUUGGAAAAAAUUACAAAGAUGGCAAUGAAACGUCUACAAAAAACAGUUUAGCAGAUGAAGAUGCAAAUCUAAUGAUCAAGCUGAAAUUUCUUACAUAUAAGCUGCGAACUUUCUUGAUUCGCAACGGGCUGUCGAUUCUUUUCAAAGAAGGUCCAGCUGCCUAUAAAACCUACUACCUCAGGCAAAUGAAGAUAUGGAAUACAUCACCAGGAAAGCAGAGACAACUCAGUAAGAUGUUGGAUGAAUGGGCAGUGUACAUAAGAAGGAAAUACGGGAACAAACAGCUGUCAUCAUCAAUCUACUUGAGUGAAGCUGAGCCUUUUCUUGAACAAUAUGCAAAAAGGAGUGAAGAAAAUCAAGCUUUGAUAGGGUGUGCUGGAGAUUUAGUAAGAACUGAAGGUUUUUUGGCCAUUGUUGAUGGAGGUAGAGAUGCAGAAGAAGGUGAUUUGGAGAGUGAGAAGGUUCUAGAAGCUUCUAGUCCAAAACCAGAUGCUGUACAUAAAAAGGAAGGUCUUAUAAUAUUCUUUCCUGGAAUACCUGGUUGUGCUAAAUCUGCACUCUGUAAGGAAAUUUUAAGUGGCUCAGAAAGUCUUGAAGAUGAUCGACCUAUUCAUAGUCUCAUGGGUGACCUUAUAAAAGGGAAAUAUUGGCAAAGAGUUGCGGAUGAGAGACGAAAGAAACCUUAUUCUAUUCUCCUUGCUGACAAAAAUGCCCCUAAUGAAGAAGUAUGGAGGCAGAUUGAGAACAUGUGUCGUACCACUAAAGCAUCUGCUGUACCAAUUAUUCCAGAUUCUGAAGGAAGUGAAUCAAAUCCAUUUUCUCUUGAUGCAUUAGCAGUUUUCAUAUAUCGUGUAGUCAACCGAGUCAAUCACCCUGGAAAUCUUGAUAAAUCGUCUCCAAAUGCUGGAUUCGUGUUGCUAAUGUUCUAUCACCUAUAUGAUGGAAAGAGUCGUAGAGAAUUUGAAAGUGAACUUAUAGAGCGUUUUGGAUCCCUUGUAAAGAUGCCUCUCUUGAAAUCUGAAAGGGCCCCACUACCUGAUUCAGUGAAGACAAUAUUGGAAGAGGGAAUUAAUCUAUACAGGCUGCAUACUAAUAGGCACGGGAGAUUAGAGUCGACUAAAGGAACAUACAUAAGGGAGUGGGUUACAUGGGAAAAGCAACUUCGUGAGGUUUUAUUUCAAAAUGCUGAGUAUUUGACAUCUAUUCAGGUUCCAUUUGAAUUUGCUGUUAAUCAUGUGAAAGAAGAGCUGAAAAAAAUCACAAAAGGAGAAUACGAAACACCAACAAGCGAAAAAAGGAAAUUUGGAACCAUAGUUUUUGCUGCCAUUGAUGUUCCUGUUGCAGACGUUCAUAACCUCCUUUCAAAUAUAGGUGAGAAGGAGCCAAAAGUGAAAGCAUUUUUGGAGAAGAAGGACAUGGAAGAGAAGCUAAAGAAGGCACACAUAACCCUGGCCCACAAAAGAAGCCACGGUGUAACCGCGGUUGCAAACUAUGGUCAGUUUGUGAACCAAAAGGUCCCUGUGGAUGUGAAUGCGGUUUUCUUUUCAGAUAAAUUAGCAGCAUUGGAAGUCAACCCUGGGUCAAUUGAUGGUCAAAAGAUUAACUGUAAAAACGAGUGGCCUCAUUUGACUUUAUGGACAGCUGAAGGCAUUCAGCCCAAAGAAGCCAAUAAUUUGCCUCAGUUGUUUUUGGAGGGAAAAGCUACUCGUGUUGAGAUCAACCCACCUUUUAGUAUCAUUGGGGUUUUGCAAUUCCAUUGAUUUGAGGUUUUUCUUCAAAUUCACAAUUUUGUUCGGUGGUUUGAGAGAUGAAAGUUGAGUUGUUUAGGGUUUAUGUAGAUGGUUUUUACCAUAACAGAUUAUACAAAUAGACACGUGAUCGAAUAAUGUAAUGUAACGCUAGUGACUAGUUUAUUUUAUCAAGGUUUUAAUGAUUUAGUUUUCCAUCACCAA